AUAACUACGCCGGGUCAUGGCUUUUAAAGGCCUCCAUCCUAUUUCCUACCUCUCUGAGUUAUUUCAUUGAAGUGCACUCAGCGUUCUCCAUUGAAACGUUCUCCGUUGAAUCUAUUUCUUCUAAGGUCCAAGAGUUAUUAUUAUAUUGGGGGUUGAACAAAGAGGGAACUGUAAACAUCCUUGGAAGAACAGCUGAUUUCGCUUUCAAUAGGGAAGGCCAGUGACCCUUACAAUGAUCACAGUGUAGCCUCUUUGCCAGAUUGCUCAAGGCUGGUUUGGAGGUACCAUGAAGGGUGAAGUUUGCGUGUUUAGAAUUCUGUUCACUGUUCAGAGUAUUAAAGUUGAUUUGCGUAAUUAUUAUUGUCAUACAAGUCCUUGUGCAAAAGCUGGUUUUUUCUCGACUACUACUAAAAGUUCUAGCAGAUCAUCUCCACUUGUAGAUGAAGGGGUGCAGGAAGUAAGAAAGUUAGUACAGUUCCCAAAAUGUGCUGCUGAAGUUUUGAGCAACUAUGGUUGUAGUGAAAGCCAGAUAAGUACUAUUUUCUCCCGGGUGCCACCAUUACGCAAUGCUAUUCCCUCUUUACUCGAUUCUAAGCUUUACUUGCUUCGUAAAUUGGGUGUCUCAUCCUCUGAGCUGGUCUCUAUGAUCCACUGUCGUCCACGCCUUCUGAGGUGCCAAAUUAACCGACACUUUGAUGAACGUCUAAAUCAUCUACUAUCUCUAUUUGAGUCAAGGGAUCUUUGUGUUAGAGCUAUCAUUAGGAAUCCCUCGCUUCUGAUCUACGACUUUCAUAAGACACUCAUACCUACGUUCUCAAUGUAUGAGAAAAUGGGUCUCAGUAAAAGCGAAGUGAUUUCCAUGCUCUUGCUUAGACCUACGUUGAUUCAGAGAACCAAUAUGAGCUCAGAGAAACUAGAUUACAUACGUAGGACUGGAAUCUGCAGUGAUUCAAAAAUGUACAAGUAUGUGGUCACAAUAAUUGGUGUAUCGCGCUUUGAGACUAUCCGUGAAAAGGUUGCAAAUCUUGAGAAGUAUGGUUUCUCAGAGGAUGAGGUAUUGGCAUUCAUUGGUCGAAAUCCAUUAUUGAUGACUCUUUCAGUGGAAAAAGUUCGACGACAUUUGACCUUUAUAAUGGGUACUAUGAAGUUGCCACAGAGCAUUAUAUGUCGUUAUCCAUUUCUGCUGUUCUGUAGUUUGGAAACUUUACUAAGGCCCCGGGUGCUCUUGUUUAGUAAAAUGCGAGAAAUGGGUCUCGGUCCUGAAGUAAAUCAAGCUAUAAUAAUAACGGCAUUGAGGAUGUCUGAAAAGAAGUUCUUGAAGAAGUUUGUUGGAUGCCAAGAGGAGGAAGUCAGAAAAGAGUUAUUGUUGUAUUAUGGAGCUUCAAAAGGCAUAAAGCGGUUGGCAGAAUCAUCGAAGAAGACUUCUUAUACCUCUGGGUUUCCCUUCUGAGAUCUUUUUUGGAUACACCAAAUUACAGUUUUGGAAGGUUAAAUGUAAUAUUGUAUUGUAAGUUUUGUAACAAUUUCGUUUAUCUAAUUUCAUAACAAAAGAAACUAUUUGGUGCAUA